GUGGCAGCGGUGGGAUAAGAACAAACAGAGAACUGGUGAUUUAAAAACAAACAGGGAACUUGGAAUUGGGCAAACGCACACACAGAGAGAGCAACGGAAGUUUUGUGUUUUUUUUCCGGGUCAACUGGAGUAGGGUCAGAACAGUUUAGCUAGGAUGGAGCUAGAGGAGCAUGUGAGAAUUCUAAAAAUGACCAAGCAACAGCUUCAGGAGGAACUCCAGAAGCAGAAUAUAUCCUGUGAGAACAAGUCUGUAGAUGAGAUGAAGGCUCUCCUGCUAAGCAAGUUGAUGGCAGCAGGGGCAGCUUCAGCUCUCACCACCCAAACAAGCCCCAGCCCAAAGGAUGCAGUCCGGAUCCAGGAGUUAGAACUGGAAAAGUUGAGGCUGCAGGCAGAGAAAGAGAUAGAACUCCAGAGGCUGAGAAUCCAGGAGGAGCAACGCAAAGAGGUGCAAAGACAGGAAGACAGAGAAGCCCGCAGGAGAGAGUGCGAGUGGGAGGAAAAGAUGCUGGAGAGAAAGGAGAAGAUGCAGCAGGAACAGAGGAAGCAUGACCUCGAGAUGUUGCGUCUGCAGGAAGAAAGCAGCAGGAAAAUAAAUGUUACCCCCAAAGACUUUGCGCCAUACAGGGAGGGGGAGGACCCCUCCAUAUAUCUUGCAAAUUUUGAAAAGGCAGCUAUGCAGUGGGGAAUUGCAGAGGCCCAGUACAUGGCCUACCUCUGUAGCAUUCUUACUGGGGAGCUGGCUGCCAUCUAUCAUAGCAUGCCAAGGGCAGAUGGGGGAGUAACUUUUAAAGAUUUCAAAGCUACUGUGCUUAAAAGGUUCAAACUGGGGGCUGACCACUUUCGAAAGCAAUUUCGGGUCUUAUCCCCCCAGCAAUGCAAAACGUAUUCUGAAUAUGUGAUGAAAAUGAGUGAGAUGGGGAGGAGAUGGGUGGAAGAAGCCAAAGCAGGGGACUUUGAAUCAUUAUUCCAGUUACUGGUGCUAGACCAACUCUAUUCCAAACUCCCCAAGGAGCUGAAAUGUCUGGUAAAGGACAAGAGGCCCAAAAAUGCUACUGAGGCCUCAGAAAUUGCAGAUGAGUUGGUGCUGAACAGGGAGGGGUUGGACUGGAGGACUUCCCAGUUGGGAAGGGAAGGGAAAGGGUUCCAGAGGGGUGGGAAGGCAGAGUCUCAACCAAAGCGGGAAGGGGCUGCUGCUCCGGCAGAGGUUAAGAAAGCCCCAGAUUCGGUUAAUUGGAGCCAGCCCCAAGUUAGGAAAUGCUUUAUCUGUGAGGGCACCGACCAUUUGCGGGCAGCCUGCCCACAGUUACAAGUAAAGACCUCCAAACCGCCUCCAAAAGCACCAACCAGCCCAAAGGUAAAGGAGGAGCGGGUGGCUGCGGUGAACCAUGAGUGCCUCUUUACCACAAUGGAGCCUGCAGAAGCCUGGGGUGACUAUGUGGAGCCAGUGCGGCUGAGGGACCAGCUGGUUCUCGGAUAUGCUGACACAGGUUCCUCUGUUACCCUAGUGCGAGCUGAUCUGGUGUCAGAGUCUGAUAUUCUGCCCAACGCAUCAUUUAAAAUCCAGGGGAUUGGUGGGAGCCCCCUGACUGUUCCUGUGGCACGAAUGCCUGUGGAAUGGAGAGGGUUGGUGGGCCUCACGGAAAUGGGGGUUAUGAAGGACCAGCCCUACCCUGUGUUGAUUGGCCGGGACCUUCUGGGAGGCCAGUACUCGGUAAAUGUGGUAACCCGCAGCCAGACCCUGAGUGGGUGGGGGGAAAAAGGGGUCUCUGAGGAGACCAGGACUCCACCUGCUAGGGGGGAGGUUGGGACCCCAGGUACUACAGGGGAAGGGGGAGCCCAGAUAACCCAGGAAGGGGAGGGCAAACCCAUCUCAGAAACUGAGGGUGGGGUGUCACAAAAAGCAGUGAGAGGGGGCAGUUCUCCCCCAACACAGCUGGAGGCUGUGGAUCUUUCUGGCAAGGAAGAGUAUCUGUCUUGCUCUGGUGGUGUGCAGACUGGGGGGACAGAGGUAACAGGUAGAGGGGGCAGUUCCCCCCAGGUGCAGCAGGAAGCUGAGGGUUUCAAGGAGGCAGAACUAGAGGGCGCUGAGGAUAGCUUUGGCUCAGAGGAGCAGAUAGCGGAAUGUUUGGGUGCACCAGAAGGGUUUCUGAAAGAGGUUCAGUGUGAUCCUAGUCUGGAACACCUUCGCCAAGUGGCUAUAGAUCAAGAGGUGGAAUUCUCUGAGGCCCUGUCGGAGCAAGUUGUCUGGAAGCAGGGAAGGUUGUAUAGACUUUGGUUGCCACAGGGCAGACAGGUAACCGGGGAUGCCAUCAGGCAGCUGGUAGUGCCGAGGAAGUAUAGGAGGAGACUUAUGGAGUUGGCACAUGACAUCCCAUGUGCAGGGCAUCUAGGUAUCAACAAGACUAGACAGAGGCUUCUGUUGAACUUCUACUGGCCUAAGUUAGCACAGGAUGUGAGGGCAUAUUGUAACUCCUGUCCAAUCUGUCAGAGAGUGGGCAAGAGUGGGUGCAAGGCAAAGGCACCCUCACAGCCCCUCCCUAUCAUGGGAGAGGCAUUCCAGAGGGUAGGCAUUGACAUAGUUGGGCCUUUCCCAAAACCUACCCAGAGAGGGAAGAGGUUCAUUCUAACUUUGGUGGACCAUGCAACUAGGUACCCUGAGGCAGUACCACUGGCAUCCACGGAUGCCCCAGCAGUGGCGGAAGCUCUAGUUAAGGUCUUCUGUCAGUUAGGUUUUCCUACAGAGAUCUUGACAGACAGGGGGCGCAAUUUCCUGUCAGAGUUGAUGGAAUGUCUGUGGAAGUGUUGUGGGGUGAAACACCUUAAGACUACAGCUUACCACCCCCAGUCGAAUGGACUCACAGAGAGAUUCAAUGGGACCCUGAAAGGGAUGCUGAGGACAUAUGUUGAUUCUCACCCCCAGGACUGGGAUGAGAAGUUGCCACAGUUGUUGUUUGCCUACAGGGAGGUUCCACAAGAGUCUACUGGUUUCUCCCCUUUUGAACUCAUGUUUGGGAGAAGUGUCAGAGGGCCGCUAGAUCUGGUAAAGGAAAGGUGGGAGGAGAAGAUUCCUAAGGCAAAGAAGUCAGUGGUUGAUUAUGUUCUGUCAUUCAGAGAACGGCUUAAAGAUAUGAUGAGUGUUGUUCAGGAGAACCUAGCCAAGGCCCAAGCCACACAGAGCAGUUGGUAUGAUAAGACAGCAAGGUCUCGUACUUUUGAGUUAGGGGACAAAGUGAUGGUUUUUCUGCCUCUUCGCUCAGACAAGCUGAAGGCGGCAUGGGAAGGACCGCAUGUGAUUGUGGAUAGGCUGGAUGAUGUUACUUAUGCAGUGGCAUUGGAAAGGUCUGGGAAAAAGACCAAGGUUGUACAUGUUAAUAUGCUGAAGCCAUAUCUUGAGAGGAGGAUGGUGUUGAAUGUGACCAGGAGAGAGGAGGGAGACGAGGAACCAGAUUUCGGGACGAUAGCAGACCCCCUCUCCUCCCUCACCAAGAAAUCCCUCCCAGACAAGGUGGUUUGGACCCCAGUCUGUCAGGCCGCUUUUGAGCAGUUGAAACAAGCGUUAGUGUCUCUACCUGUGCUCAAAGCUCCUGAUUUUGACAGGCGGUUCUUUGUUGCAACUGAUGCCUCAGACUCUGGGAUCGGGGCUGUCCUAAUGCAAGAGUGGGAGGGCACCAGACAUCCAAUUGCAUAUCUCAGCAGGAAACUGAUCCCUCGGGAGAAAAACUUGUCUUCAGUGCAAAAAGAAUGUUUGGCAAUUGUAUGGGCACUGGACAAACUGCGACCUUACUUGUGGGGGCAAGAAUUUACCCUCUUGACAGACCAUUCAUCCCUCCAAUGGCUGCAGACCAUGAAGAACUCAAACACUAAGCUGCAGAGGUGGUCAUGGAGGAUUCAGGAAUUCAACAUGAAGAUUGAACACAUUGCUGGACAUAACAAUGUGGUGGCAGAUUUCCUGUCCAGGAAGGACAUGGACUCAUGA